UCGUUGUCGUCGUUCGUCAUUCGUUUGCGUGUUGAAGGGACGGAAAAAAGUGCAUAGCAAAAGAAAAUAGGUUUUUUCCUUUGCGGGAAAAUUGUGAGUUUUUUGAGUGGAAAACUUAUAUCUAAAAUAUUCGUGCGCUAAGUUUCAGUACGUUGGCGAUUCCGUUUCAUCAACAGCGCACUCUGCGGUGUUCAAGUCCGGUUUUGUUUUUGCAAUCCGAGAAGCCAAAAUUAUCUCACUGGGUAAAUGUGUGGUAGAUAUCCGCGCAGACAAUGACCACAUACGCAACCGACAGCCAAGGGAAGUUUAUCCCGUCAACGCAGCGGCCGGAUGGAACUUGGCGCAAGCCCAGACGGGUCCGUGACGGUUACGUCCCCCAGGAGGAAGUUCCGCUAUACGAAAGCAAAGGGAAAUUGUUUGCCCAAAAACCUUCGCUGCCACCGGGAAUGUCCCCGGAGAUAGCCCAAAAGUCCAAGGAGAAACGUGAGAAGGAACAACGCAUCCGAGCGCAACGAGAGGCGGAAGCGAACCGAAGACCACCGCAGAAUCCCGUACCGGGAUUGCUUAUCUUGAAUGGCGACAGCAAAAUCAACCAUCCUCAGCAACGGACCGCCAAACCUACCAAGCCGAAGAAAAAAGCCAUCGAACUACCGGAUGUGCUGUUGGAGCAGAAACAAAAGGAAGAUCAGAAACAAGCACGCCAGCAACAGAAACCGCUAAAGGAUCAUAAAAACACCAAACCUCAACAACAGCACAUUGAAGAUGUGGCCACGGCCUUAAAUGGCCUGCAGCUAACAAAUAGUCAUGCCGCCGAUGCUCUACAGACUGAUCUCAGCAAAAAGCUACGCAAACUGCGUAAGAAAAUUCGUGAAAUCGAAAUCAUUGAGGAGCGAUUACAAUCGAACGAUGGGGGCCCCCGGCCUGAUAAGGACCAGAUCGAUAAGGCCAAGCGGAAGCCGGAAAUUUUGAAGGAGAUCGAGGAGCUGGAGAAGAGCAUUGUGAAAUGAUCUCGUGAUCUGCUCUCCAAUAGCUUACAGUCGUCAUCGUUGUCGUCCUAGAAGUCCCGAAGAAUCGCACUGUCGGAUCUCCACCAAAUGCUCGGUGGUGUACAAACAAAUUAUGCAAGAAAUGCAAAACAAAGCUAGGGAACCGCAAUCUUUAGAAUCAAUAAUGUGAACUACUUUUAAGUUGAUAGCUUUUACAUUUUCUCCUAUCCCGACUUUUGGAACAAUUGGGAUCGCAUGCUGCUUAUUAAACAACUGUCGCUCAACUUCGAUGUUCCUUUUGUCGCGUACUGCUAUUUCCGUUUUCGACUAGGUAUUUUUUUUUUGAAUUGUAUAUCGCUUUACAAAACAUGUUUAUUUACAGAUGUCAUAUCUAGCAAAACAGUUUACAAAUAGAAAUAAUAUAAUUUACCAAAAUUGUUCUAUUUUAAUGUUUUUUACAGAAGGUUUUACUCUUCACAUUGGACAUUGUUUUAACAUGAUUAAGUGACACAAACAUAUUUUUAUUUUAACAUACCUUAGUUUACAGAAUAGAAUAUAAACUACAAACCUAAUGUUUGUCCUAUUUUUUCCAAAGAUAAAUGUGAUGAUUAAAGAAAUGUAAAUUCAAAGUAAACCAAUUACCUAGUUUGCCUUGCGAGUAAAUGAGUGGGAUUGCCAAUCCGGAGAUGGCGAUUUCUGUUCGGUAAAAGUUCAUAGUCAUCGAGCUUUAAAAAAUCCAAUGGUGGCGCAAACCUGGGACUUACAAAAUGUUAAUAUGUGAAACUGGUUAACUUUGAAUUUCUCUAACAACAUUUCCGCAAACGACACACACGUUUUCUUUGGAUGUGAGCUUCAGCUCACCUUUUGAGUUCAAAAUAAGCUGUAAACUAGAUAGUGAAUUAUCGACGGCGUUGAAAUAAAUGCCUGUUAGAUCUUCAGUUCCACAGCGUCAAUUAUGGUUAGUCUCUUAGUUGCUGGUCAUAGAUUUGUACCAUUUAUAACUUUCCACUCAUGUCGGUCGGUACUAGACAAAGUGUAGCGCUUUUCGACUAGAAAAUAUAAACACAACAACCAUGAAUAAACAUUUUCCAGAAUAGAGUCUAGAAAGCGAAUAAGGAAACCAGAAUAGCAGAACAAGUGUCAGUCAAAGUUGGAAUAUGGAAUAAGAUCGUCCUAGAUCUAGAUAUGGUAGCGAUAAGAAUUCGAAACGAAUAAGAUAGUAUGAUACGAAAACUGAGGAAAACGUAUGCAAAUUAACGAUAAUUAGCGACACUAUAAAAUGUAGCCGUGUAGUGAGUGACCCUAUAGAUGGAACGAAAGUUUUAAAUUGUUGAUUAUAAGAAAACGAAGAGUAAAAUAAAAAAACUUACACAUAACUUACGUCUAAGUGAUUUAAGGAAGUAAAAAUAAAUGUUUGAAACAUGAAA